AUGGUUGGUUCUGCAGCUGAACCAAGAUGGUUGGUUCUGCAGCUGGACCAAGAUGGUGAUGAGGGUGGACGCUCUGCGGCUGCUGGAUGCGGUCCAGCGAACCUUCACAUCCAGGAUCAGUGGGAUGAAGGAGCUGGACUACUGAGGCAGGCUGGAGCGCCUGGAGCUGGACUACUGGGGCAGGCUGGAGCAGAUGGAGCUGGACUACUGAGGCAGGCUGGAGCGCCUGGAGCUGGACUACUGAGGCAGGCUGGAGCGCCUGGAGCUGGACUACUGGGGCAGGCUGGAGCGCCUGGAGCUGCACUACUGAGGCAGGCUGGAGCGCUUGGAGCUGGACUACUUGGGCAGGCUGGAGCGCCUGGAGCUGGACUACUGAGGCAGGCUGGAGCGUGUGGAGCUGGGCUACUGAGGCAGGCUGGAGCACCUGGAGCUGGACUACUGCGGCAGGCUGGAGCGCCUGGAGCUGGACUACUGGGGCAGGCUGGAGCGUGUGGAGCUGGACUACUGUGGCAGGCUGAAGCGCCUGGAGCUGGGCUACUGAGGCAUGCUGGAGCGCCUGGAGUUGGACUACUGUGGCAGGCUGGAGCGUGUGGAGCUGGACUACUGAGGCAGGCUGGAGCGUGUGGAGCUGGGCUACUGAGGCAGGCUGGAGCGCCUGGAGUUGGACUACUGAGGCAUGCUGGAGCGCCUGGAGUUGGACUACUGUGGCAGGCUGGAGCGUGUGGAGCUGGGCUACUGAGGCAGGCUGGAGCGCCUGGAGUUGGACUACUGUGGCAUGCUGGAGCGUGUGGAGCUGGACUACUGGGGCAGGCUGGAGCGCCUGGAGCUGGACUACUGGGGCAGGCUGGAGCGCNAUGUUUGAAAUCCAAUCGCCCUAUCGACACCACGGUUGAUUGGCAAGCCUACCCGACCGUGUUCGUCAAGUAUGAUUCUCAGAAGUACUACCCGGGGUACUACGCGGAGUGUUGA